ACAUGUAUUGCUGGGUUAAGAGAUUUAGACUGCUUCCCUCGACACUCUCCGACAUUAUAUCAGAUGUAAUAACUGGUUUGAGGAACAUUAGGGACAACCUAUACCUCCUACCUGGAUACGGACUAGUUACCAGGCUCAUGUGUGCUUUUCCUGGGCUUACUGUACGUGGGGUGUGGUAAGAAACCGCAGAAAUCUCUCCUCCGUGAACACGAAACAAAUCUUUAUUUUUAAACGCAGUCAGCAGCGACAUAAAUGGCAGAACAGGGGGUGGCAAAGCGUACAGUUCAACGAAGUUCAAAUCGUACAACUGGAGAUGCCCCUCAGACACGUAGGCGUGGGUAGUUCAGGGUUCAGUUUGACUGAAGCACGGUACAGAGCGCUUCAACAGCUGAUGGAGAGAGGAAGGUGUUUUCUAAAUCAAAGAGCUGUCAAUUAACUUAUGCCAAGGAAGCCUUCAUCUAGUAUUUAGAGUGGCGCCACACGCCCCUCCAUCAUAGAGGUGAGACAGACGAACCCCGGACCGCGAGUGUUAAGGGGGCGAGGGGGGUCUGCUCCCGGGAAUUGACAGUCAGUCUGUGUGACACAGCGCCGCCUGCUGGCCGGAGAUGCCACUGUUCCGUGGGCCUCAGUGGCAGAGGGAGAAGGCCGAGAAAGGCCGGAGCAGAGGGCAGGUGCGCACCCUGGUCAGGCUGUGCCUCGUCAGCCUGGCGGACAACAUGAGGGAGCUGUGGGCCCGGGACUACGCCGAGAACUACAUGGACAGCUACAGCUUCCGCUACGUCAUGGGCCCCUUCAGCCUGCUGCCGGGGGAGCUGGUGGAAGAGCUCCUGGCGGUGGUGUGCGCCUCUCGCCGAGCGUCCCGAGCCGCGCUCCACCUCCUCCUGGUGCCGCAGCUGCGGCGGCUCUGCCUGCGGCCCUGCAGCGGCCUGGUGACUGCCCCCUUGUGCCAGCUCAUUGCACUGCGCUGCCAGGAGCUGCUGGCCCUGGACCUGUCCGGCUGCCAGCGCGUGCCGCCCGCCGUGCUGGCGCAGCUGGCCGCCGGUCUCCGCCGCCUGCGCAGCCUGGUCCUGUCGGGGGGCCAGUGCGACGGGGACGUGGUGGCGGCCGUGGCGGAGGGCUGCCCGGUGUUGCAGCACCUGGACGUGUCCUGCUGCAGCGGUCUGCCCCCCUGGGCCCUGCUGCACCUGGCCUACCUGCCCAGCAGGAGGCGCUGCACACACCAUCCGCUGCGCAGCCUCCUAGCCACGGACAUCGGGCUGGGGGCGGGCGAGAGGGAGAGCGUGGGCAGUGCGGCCUUCCUCCUGCUGGGCCUGCCCCGGCUGGAGCGGCUCGGCCACGAGGGGGCGGCCGAGGCCUGCGCCCUCCUGGAGCGGGGGGGCUUCGAGGGGCACGACGCCUUCGCUGUCCCGCACGGGUUCCCCACCCUGCAGGGGGCGCUGGGCAUGAGGCUGGGCGCGGAGGGGGCAGGGAGGAGAGACGGAGGAGGAGGAGGAGGGAGUUCUUCAGGGGCAAAUGAAGAGGAAGUGGCUGACGGCAAAGAGGAGGAGUGUCUCAGCCGAGAGACGGAAGGUGUGGAAGAUGGACAGGGGGAGGGAUGUGGCUCUAGUCUGAUGGAGCGAGGGGGAGAGGUGAGAGGUGGAGGCCAGGGGUCCGGGGGCACAGGAGAGGGCGGCCGGUGCAUAACCCUGAGGCUGAAGGAGGUUCACGGGGUGACUUGCAGGGAUCUGGGGUCCCUGGGCCGCCUGUGCCCGGAGAUCCGGGCUCUGUCCCUGAGCUGCGAGGACGCAGCCUGGCUGGACAGGAGGCUAGGCCUGUGGGACAGGCUGGCCGAGCUCAGCGUGCAGUUCCCCGGCUCGCUGGCGGAGCUGCUGCCCGCCCUGGGCCCGGCCGGGCCCCGCCUGGUCUCGCUGUCCCUCAGCGGGCUCUGGCUGGACAGUGCCACCUCUCUCACCCGGCUCCUGCACUGCUGCCCCUCGCUGAGGGCACUCCAGCUGCACCCCCAGCCCCCCAGCCCCGAGCAGCUGGGCGAGGAGGAGGAGGAGGAG